UGUGUGUCUUGUUCACGCUUGUCGACAGAUCACUUACACAACCUGCUGGAACUGUGCGGCGAUGUGGUUUCCGCAGCGAGCAGAGCAACUUCUCGCAGUGUUUCUUUCAGAUAAUUUUACCUGUGGCACUGCGCUGGGGGUGCAAAGAGCACGGUCAUCGGUGUCUGGAAAGUUUUCCCGCACUCGGCGUAGACAAAGAAAGGGAAAUAAAGGCAGAAGGCGGCUCUCCUGCAGCGAGAAACGCCGUGACCUUUGGUUUCCUGUACGCGAACCUACCAGAUAGUCACACGUUUCCUGACGGAGAGCGUUGCCAGCUUCUCUCUCUCUCUCUUCCUCGGCGCGAUCUGGGCCGCAGGGCUGCGCCUUCGCUAAUCUCGCAUCAGGGUGAUGGCCGAAGGCUAAAGUAGUGGAUUCUGGCCCCCCACCCUGAUAUUACCCCAGCUGUACCUUCUUGUCUUUCCCCGCCUCCCACCCCAUCCUGCUGGUCUUUCCUUUUUUUUUGUCUCCCUCUCCACAAAAUUCAUUUGCUACAGAUUUUUUUUUUCUUUUUUGGAAAAUCUUUGCUCAUUAGGUUAAGAUUCCCCCCCCCCCCCCAUUGCUCAGUCUGAUUCAUAGAUCAUAGCCUGUGAGCCAUUUAGUAAAACCUGCUUGCUUUUAGAUCUUUCCUUGUAGUAACGACGCACCUUCAGUGCUGUUGCUGUCACCUGCGAUUGGCUCACACUGCCUCUGUGUCCAUUGUCAUUUGUCAGUCGACAGCCUCAUUUUUCCUCCUGUACUUGGUUCCACCCCCCCAAUAGUUCAGCACCUUUUCUGUUCUUAUUGGGCCAUGGUUCGCAAGAAAGGUUCCCUCAUCCUGUGUGGAGCUUUCCUGUUUGUUGCCUGGAAUGCUUUGCUCCUCCUCUUUCUUUGGGGACGUCCACCCAUUGGUCGACUGGGGGAAGGAGGCGGAGCUGAACCUGGGGGCAGAGAAGAAUGGGGAGCGGCGGGGGGCAGGGCCAGAGGAGCCGACCUGGCCGGGGAAGUGAUUCGACUGGCCGAGGAAGUGGAGUCGGAACUGGAGACCCAAAAGCAGCUCCUGCAGCAGAUACAGAGCCACAGGUCUCUGUGGGAGCGAAGGAAGGAGUUCGGGAAGAAAGAGGUGGUUGCCGCACAAGGCGGAAAGGGAGAGCCGGUGCAGCACCAGCAACCAGCUCCUGACACGGACAAAAGCGGUGGGAAACGUAUGGGGAACGCGGUCGUUUCGGCCGCCCCCGACUCAAACGCUAAGAAGGAACUGACAAACGCGAACAAACUUCCUGCCACGGUGGCCCCAGUAGUCAUACCCAUCCUGGUCAUCGCCUGCGACAGAGUGACUGUAAAAAGAAGUCUGGAUAAACUGAUACAGUACCGGCCCUCCGAAGAGCUUCACCCCAUCAUCGUCAGCCAGGACUGCGGCAACGCGGACACGGCUCACGUGAUCGGCUCUUACGGCAGUCAAGUAACCCACCUCAAGCAGCCGGACCUGUCCGAUAUCGCCGUGCGACCCGAACACAGGAAGUUCCAGGGUUACUACAAGAUCGCCAGGCACUAUCGCUGGGCACUCAACCAGGUCUUCAACACGCUCUCCUACUCCACAGUUGUGAUCGUCGAGGACGACCUCGAGGUCGCGCCAGAUUUCUACGAGUACUUCCGGGCCCUGUACCCCAUCCUGCGCUCGGACCCGACUCUGUGGUGCGUGUCGGCCUGGAACGAUAAUGGGCGCGACGGCCUGGUGGACCCGGGCCAGGCGGCGCUCCUGUACAGGACAGACUUCUUCCCCGGCCUGGGCUGGAUGCUCCUCAAGGAACUGUGGGAGGAGCUGGAGCCCAAGUGGCCGGCCGCAUUCUGGGAUGACUGGAUGCGCCAGCCGGAUCAGCGCAAGGACCGCUCCUGCAUCCGACCGGAAAUAUCCAGAACCAUAACGUUCGGGCGCAAAGGUGUCAGCAUGGGUCAGUUUUUUGACCAGUACCUGCGUUACAUUAAACUUAACACUGAAUUUGUGCCUUUUACCAAACUGGAUCUGUCUUACUUGGUCCGUGAGACGUACGAUGAGAAGUUUGAGAAGGACGUGUACGGCGCCCCUCUCGUCAAAAUCGAGGAACUGCAACAAGGGGGCACUUUGAAAGGAGGGGGGCCCUUCAGGGUGCAGUACUCCAGCCGGGACAGUUUUAAGGUCUUGGCUCGCAACCUUGGGGUGAUGGAUGACUUCAAGUCUGGGGUCCCGAGGGCGGGGUACAGGGGCGUCGUCAGCUUCCUGUCCAAGGGCCGCAGGGUCUACUUGGCGCCCCCUCCUGGUUGGAGCCGCUACGACACCAGCUGGAGUUGAGGUUGGAGGGCGGGGCGGGGUGGGGGGUUGGGAAUGUAAAGAUGACUGCUAAGGAAGAGAGGAAGACCCUCUCAAACCAAAGAAACAGUAACAGAAGAAAUGGGGGACGGGUAUUAAUUCUGAGAUUAGGAAACCGGGGGGCCUUUUGAACGAGGAGCCAGGGGGCCGGGAAGGGAGUAGGAUGAGGUAUACUGGGCACGACAGGGAGGCCAGGAAGAGGAAAACUGCAUCUGUGCCAUCUCUCACUCUGUCAUCUUGAGCUUCUCUCAUUAGAAAGGAGUGUAAUUAAACAAUUUGUACACCUUUUUUUUUUUUUUUAAAUUUUUUUUAAAGUGUUGUCCUGCGUGGCAGAGGAUGCGUCACUACAUGGGUGUCUGAGAACUGACUGAGACGCAGAGCACGUGCAACCGAUGACUGUCAGUAAAAUCACUUU